AUGUCCCAUUGCACAAUUGCCGAUGUAGAUAUCAUUGCAGAUAUAUACUACGAUGCGUUCGCGACCGACAAGCGCAACGCCUUCUGGUGGCCGCCAAACAAGAAGGAUAUGUUUACUUGGAUGAAACGUCGCAUCCGCCGCAAGAUGGAUGACCCAAGCAUGGGACAUUCCCGAAGGCUACGAGAAAGCCUUUGGGGAAUGGGUCGGAAUAAGGACACCACUGUGGAUGUCUCCCAGAUUGUUACGCCGGGAGAGGUUACGGGAGACAACCCACCGGCGAAUAGUGCGCCUGUCGAAGCUAUUAACCCCCCUAUUGCGGAUUACCCAAAAGGCAGCCAGCCAGAGCUAUGUCAGGUCUUCUUCGAUGCGCUGAAAGUUGCCUCGGAUAAGCACAAUGCGGAUAAGAUGUUAGGUCUAUCACUUCUAUGCACAUCACCUAAAUAUUACCGGAGAGGAGCUGCGAAAGCGCUGUUGCUGCCCAUGCUGACUAUCGCUGAUGCUCACGGCCUCAAGUCCUAUCUAGAGGCCACGCCUAACGGUAAAGGAGUGUAUGAGAAAUUGGGCUUCCGGGAAAUAGACCGGUUAACUUUCAACCUCAAGGAGUUAACUGGAGGAGUACGACGAUCCAUACCAAAUCACCCAUCAUGA